AAUGCCAUUUCAACUUCCCGUGGCGGGGGACGACAGCGCCUCUUUUAAACAACAAAGAUGCUGACGGCUCCGUGGACUCCGUCAUGACAACCUCUCACUCACAGCGUGAACCCGCCAGUGGAUCUCAGACCGCGUGCUCUGAUACUCUGAUCGGAAACCUAUCGAUCCUCCCGGAGAGUCUUCACACCUGGGGAUACGAACAUGUCCAUCGUCACAGUUCAGCUCGGCCAGUGCGGCAACCAGGUGGGCUACGAGCUGUUUGACGUCCUCUGCAGCGAUGCUCUGGAGGGACAGAGGAGAGUGUACAGCGCGGCGGGCUGCGAGCGGUUCUUCUACCAGACCACACGUGGAGAGCUUGUAGCCAGGGCGGUGCUGAUUGACAUGGAGCCCAAAGUGAUCAACCAGAGCAUGAGCAGGGCUGCAAAGUCUGGCAUGUGGAGGUAUGGAGAGACCGCACACUUCAGCCAGAAGCAGGGCUCCGGGAACAACUGGGCUAAUGGGUACUGUGUCCACGGGCCUCGUCACAGAGAUGCGGUGGAGGAGCUGGUGAGGCGAGAGGUGGAGCGCUGUGACAGGUUGGCCGGACUCAUGGCCAUGAUGAGUGUGGCGGGGGGGACGGGGUCCGGCGUUGGUACCUACGUGACUCAGUGUCUCCGAGACAUCUACCCCAAGUCCUUCAUCCUCAACCACCUCACCUGGCCGUACGGGACCGGGGAGGUGAUUGUCCAGAACUACAACUCUGUGCUGACGCAGGCUCACCUCUACCAGCUGUCGGACGCCAUCCUGGUGCACGAGAACGACACGGUGCACAGGAUCUGCGGUCAGCUGUUGAACAUCAAACACAUCUCCUUCGGCGACGUCAACAGGGUGAUCGCUCACCAGCUGGGCAGCGUCCUGCAGCCCGCGCUCACCGCCGACUCCCGCGGCCUCUACGGCAGAAAUCCCCUGGGUGAGCUGGUGAGCGCCCUGGCGUGCCACCCGGAGUACAAGCUGCUCAGCGUGUGCACCAUCCCUCAGGUGCCCAGUGUCUCCAUGGCCUACAGCACAUUCAGCUGGCCCAGCAUGCUCAAACACCUGCGGCAGAUGCUCAUCUCCAACACCAAGAUGGAGGAAGGUAUCGACUGGCAGGUGCGUCCACCUGCAGGUUCCGAGCGGACCAGGAGUCUCGCGGGAUCCGGCUUUAACCGCUCCCUAGCCAACCUGCUCGUACUGAGAGGGAAAGACGUUUACAGCGCAGAGACGGGUGGCUUUGAGGACCCGGCCCUGUACACCUCCUGGCUCUCGCCAGAAGAAGCUUUCAACUCGUGGAAAUCCCCAGUGCCUUUUAAUAAGUAUGAAAAAUGUGCCACGCUGGUUAGUAACAGCCAGGCUCUGCUCAGACCUCUGGACAACAUGGUGGGAAAAGCCUGGAAUAUGUUUGCGUCUAGGGCCUACAUCCACCAGUACAUUAAAUUUGGGAUCUCAGAGGAGGACUUUCUAGACAGCUUUACGUGUAUUGAGCAAGUCAUCUCCAGCUACAGUCAACUGCACUAGAAAUGGAGAAAUCUAACAAGCACCACCUGGCCCUUUGGACUGCAGGGCCCACACACAAUAUACCAGUUUGUGCUUGCAGCACUGCUGCUUUUGGUUUUUAACAUGUAAAUAAAAGAAAUAUUUUAUUUGA